CAUGCUUUCAUUGCAUUUCAUGCGAAAUGUGUUUUGAUUUUCAUUCAAUUAAUAGUUAGUUUGCCAUCAAUUCAGUGAUCAUUUGUCUCAAUGUCAGCGCAAACUAAGUCCCGCUUUGAAGUGAUUGAGAUGACAAAUGGUGGCGAAUGUGCUAUCAUUGCCCUCACCGACGAAGACCACACUCUCGCCAAUGCCCUCAGGUAUGUGAUAGUGAAGAACAGUAACGUCCAGUUCUGUGGCUAUUCUCUGCCGCAUCCCAACGACAACGUAGUUCUGCUUCAGAUUCAGAUGAAGUCCGGACUCAAUGCCAUCAAUGCUUUGGAGAAAGGCUUCCGAGACCUCAUGGACUCGUGUCAGCACAUCAAACAUUCUAACGAACGUCUCUUUGCUGUUGAGCUGUCCUUCGCUGCUGUCGUAGUGGCCGUCGAGCAUGAGGUUGAGGUCGCCGUGAUUUGUCUUCGACAGGAUCUUCUUCUGGAACUCAAUCCACCCGUUGCUGAGCACAUAGAUCUUGAUGUCCAUGUCCUUCCACUUCUUCACCUGAAUGGCUACAUCCGAGUAGAUGGGAGUCUCGAGCGAACCCUUCUCGUAGCCCCAGAACCACAGAUUGAAUUUAAACAUUUGCAUCCCUUUCCCCUCUUUCUUGCCAUCAAUGGCUGCCGUGACGAAAGCCGCGACCGACUCCUUCUGUUGGUCUUCGGGCUCAGUCGCGGCCGCGAUCUUCGGGCCGCUCUCGUCCUUCUCGGCGUCUUUGCGAAGUCUCUCCACAUCUUUCUGACACUUCUUGUCCUUCCAUUUGUCCUCCAAAUAUGCCUUCACUUCUGUUUUGGCGAAAGGCAUCAGAAUCUUCUCAAUGAAUCCCAUUUUGACGGCUGUGCCCAUCAGAUCCAUAAUUAUCACAUUGGGUUUGGGAAGCUUUGUCUGGACCAUGGCUUACGAUCGCGAUAUCACUGGUAA